CUUGUCACUGGUCUGAACGGACAUCCAAACCACUCUCCACCCCGUCAUCUCUCCCUUAAAACUAUAGCUAGGAACCCCAUAUCUUUCAAACUGAACGUGGUAUGCGAUGAGCUCGGCAGGUGGACUUUCUCGCAGGCGGGUGGCUGGAGCUUCAUCGUCCUCAGCUUCGGAUGACGCCCCAAGUCCUAGCUGGACACCAAAUGGUCCCAACCCCAAUGGAACAGUUGUAACACACGCAGGCUCGGCUUUUGAAGGCGGAAGCAAAGUGGCCUGUGAUCCUCGCGACCUCGAUCAAGUCCAGGAAGACAGUCGCUAUGGUGGCAGAAUGCCUCGGCUGACAAUCAUGGAAGAGGUGCUCCUUCUUGGUCUCAAAGACAAACAUGGUUAUCUCUCCUUUUGGAAUGACAGCAUAUCCUAUGCACUUAGAGGGUGUAUUCUUAUCGAGCUCGCCCUUCGCCGCCGCAUAGCUCUAGUCAAGGAUCCAAAUCAACGGCGGAGUCCUCUCGCAGACAGGCUGAUUGAGGUUAUUGACGACAAACCGACUGGUGAAACUAUCCUUGAUGAAGCAUUGAAGAUGAUGAAGGGCCAGGAGACGGACAGAAUGUCAAUAAAUGGCUGGGUUGAUCUUCUGAGUGGAGAGACGUGGAAUGUCAUGAAAAUUGGAUACCAACUUAAGCAAGUUCGUGAACGUCUAGCAAAGGGACUGGUGGACAAGGGUGUUCUGCGUACUGAGAAGCGUAAUUUCUUGCUGUUCGAUAUGGCCACACACCCAGUUGCCGACGUACGGACGAAGGAAAGCAUUGUCACACGGGCGGUAUCGCUGCUUACUGCGACCACUUCUGCAGUACCACCGAGCGCUUUGGACAAGGAAGGAACUCAAUGCAGGGUCACACGUACUGUUUGCUUGGUGUGCGCGGCAUACGCGGCCAGUGUCUUGGACAAUGCGUUUGGCAGAUUGACAUAUGAAGACAGGGAAGCUGCCUUUCAGAGAUGUGACGAGAUACUUGCGGAGUUUGCUUGUUGGCCAUUCGGGUCAACUUCGGCGACAGGAAACGGGGGUGGCAAAAGGAGAGAAGCUGCGAAUAUUGGGAUGGGAAAUAGUGCUCCUAGUGGGCGGGAGAGUGUGCUGGGUCUUGUGCAAGAGGUGAAGCGGGAGAUGAACGGGGAGGAUGACCCUUCGUUUCACUUAAUUGCAGGAGUUCUCGAAGUUCUUUCAAAAUUAGACUCGCUGUUGUGAGGAAUGAAUGCAUAAUUUUUUUUUUGGUGCUCGCUGCGCUUUGUUCGCACUUGUCCAUAUAUACCUGAUGAUUGAUAUUUAUACACUCACUUGUUCACCUGGAC